AUGUUACCGUUUCGUCAAUUUAUUAGUAGAUUGAAACGCAAGAAUGGUGCUUUAUUCAAAAGACUACUAUUGCUGGGAACCUGUUUAAUGGCGAUUUACCUGAUCUUCUCGACUAGCACUUUUUCAACCUCUUAUUCAGUACUUUCUGAUGAUGACAUUUUGGAGAUUGGUGCUAGAAAGGCCAUGAGGGUAUCUGCCUUCCAUUGGAUUGAGAAACGCCAAAAGAAGGUCAUUGGCCAGGUGUCUGAAAAGAGAGGGAAAUUUUUUAGGUUUCCGUUCCUAGCUUCGAAUCGAAGUGAGGAUGCUGAGACAGAAUUAUUACUCAACUGGAAAAGCUCUCCCAUAGCUGAGAAAUGCCGUUAUAUGAUUGACGCUACUUAUGCAUUGAAUCGUGCUUGGACGAAUGAACAUAUACUCAAAUUUUAUGGUGAGGACGAGGUCGAUAAUGUACUGAUAUCGUUGAUGGCCGAGAGGCAGCGGAUGUUUGACUACUGCUUUCUCUCCGGCAAUUUGAGUUUAGAGGACGUCUUUAAAGUUGAAAGUUUGAUAGGUCUCAAACAUGAGAUCAAGAGCUCUCCAAACGAUUUCUUGAGGAGAAUGUUCCCAUUUUUGAAAAAACUGGAUGACCAAGGAGAUCAGUUCCUAUGGCCUCAAAUUACCAACCUAAGAAGUGGAUCCGUCCAAGCUCUACCCGAUUUGCCUAAAAACUUCAAUCAAAAUUUUUUCUCUAAUUGGCAAAGGAUGGCCAGUGGUAGCGGGAUUGUCAUCACUUUAAAUGAAGGAAGUAAAAAUCUGCUGUACAAACAGCUCAAAGUGUUCGAUCACAGUGAUAAUACUCUGCCAAUACAAAUCAUCACGACUGGGAAUGAUUUUUCUGAUGGGUUUAUUGAAGAACUGAAGGCAAAAGUCGCAGCGUCCAAGCAGAAUGUCUAUUUGGUAGAUUGCUCUCCUAUUUUGGACUCCGAAUUUGCGAAAGAGCAUAUAGGGGAUAUUAUUAACAAAUGGAUAGCAGUGAUAUUCACCACAUUCGAGGAAUCUAUUCUUUUAGAUGUUGACGCUGUUCCAUUUGUUCCAAUGGAUGAUUUCCUGACAGAAAAGAGUUACAAGGCAAGUGGUAUUCUCAUGUACAAGGAUAGAAGUAUGCCCAACGAACACACGUUUCAAUACUGUAUCGAUAUGCUGCGCGAGGUGGAACCAUCAUAUCAAGAGAGACAUCUGAUAAACAGCCGAAUAAAAUAUCAUUCUGGUACGAAGGAUUUCGAGCAAUCCGAAGAAGCUGAUGUUUAUAAACGAUUUUCUCAUGACCUGCUUCUACACCACGUUGAAAGUGGAUUAGUGGUUAUUAACAAACCCAAAAAACUAGGUGGGUUACUCCUUUCUUUCCUGCUUCAGCUGGAUGCAAAGAUGAAAAGAUGCGUCUACGGCGACAAAGAAAUCUUCUGGUUAGGUCAGUUGUAUGCUGGUCAGGAUUACUCGAUUUAUCCAACUGAUGGAGGAGUUGCCGGUCCCUUGAUAGUUGAAAACAAUGAUUCAAUCUCUGUUUAUCAAAUUUGUGCAACUCAAAUUGCGCACAUUGAUGAGUCGCAUAACUUACUUUGGACAAACGGUGGAUUAAAAACUUGCAAAUUCGAUAAUGGAGCUGAAGCCGAUUUCGAAAGGAAUCCCGCAUAUUUCGAACAGAGGUACCAAGAACUGGAAUCUUUAAAAAGCAUCUACGGUUCACCUUUGAACAUAGAGGGAACUAUCAUACCCAAUGUCAACGAGAAACCAUGGCUUCAAAUAAACGAGUGCGAAAGCUACAUGUAUUGUGCUUCGGCGUAUAAGGACAACAAUAACGCGAGCCCCGAAGUUGGUGAGUUGUCUGUUUUUGAUGAAUCAACUUCGAAUAGAAUAAAAUCGAUUGUGUCAAUAUGGAAUCAAUCAUGA